GCUGGUAUCCAGAGCCUGAGGUGUUUUGGCUGGACGGUGAGGGAAACCUCCUCUCUGCUGGACCUACAGAGACAGUCAGAGGUCCUGAUGACCUCUAUACUGUCAGCAGCAGAGUGACUGUGGAGAAGAGACACAGCAACAGCUUCACCUGUAGAGUCCAACAGAAGGACAUCAACCAGACCAGAGAGACUCACAUCCAGGUUCCAGUUGAACUCUUCAUGGUCCAGUCUAGUUUUGCUCUCCGGAUCACCAUCUGCUUGGCUGCGUGCAUCAUGUCUGUUGUUGCAGUUGUCUUUAUUUUGUGGAAAUGGGGACAAAACAAAAUCAAUACCAAGUGGCACCAUGAGGGUGAGACUGAAGUUGGAGAACAAAAGAAGUAUUUGAACAAGACAAAGGCAAAACUUGAUGAGGAGUUGGAGAAGAAUGAGGGAGAGUUGGAACAUGUGCAACAGUUGAUUACAACACUGACGGAGCAGAAGAAAGAUCUGAAGAACCAGAGAGAGAAACUCAUCUCACUACAGCAGGAGGACAAGAUCAAGAUACAAGAAUAUGAGAAGAAGCUGACGACGGAACCAAAAACAGACAAACACAAAAAAAAGAAGAAGCGUGAAAUGACCAAAGAGUUUCUGGAGAAGAGGGCGACAGAACACGAGGAACUGUUAAAGAACACAGAGGAACUACUGGAGACAACAGACAAUCUGAUUAUUAGAAUGACAGAAAGGAAAGGGAAACUAGAGAAGGAUAAAGAGCAAAUAAAUAAAUACCUGAAAGAGAGAAACUCAUCUCACUACAGAAGGACGACAAGACACAGAUACAGUACAAGAAAAGCUGGAGAUGAAACCAAAAAUGGACAAAAGCAAAAUAAUGAAGAAGUGUAGAAAGACCAUAAAGGAUCUAGACAGGAGAACACAAGACACUGUAACAGAGGGUGGUGGUGGCGUAAUGGAUAAGACACAUUCCUUUGGUGUGAGAGACCCGUGACCCAUCCACCAUUGUGUCCCUGAGCAAGACACUUAACCUCUAGUUGUUCCAGAGGCGUGCGACCUCUGACAUAUAUAGCAAUUGUAAGUCGCUUUGGAUAAAAGCGUCAGCUAAAUGUAUGUAUAACUAACUACAGAACACAACCUAAUUAUUAGAAAGACAGAAAAGAAAGGGAAACUAGAGAAGGAUAAGGAGCAAAUAAAUAAAUACCUGGAAGAGCUUCAGUAGAAACUUCAGUUAGAGCAUCCAGAGGGAGUAGAUGAUAUAAAUUAUCCAUGAACAAAUGAUCCCAUGUGAUUAUUUUAUUUAAUAUUCAAUCACAUAAAUUCUAAAAUUUUAUAAAACUAUGAUUGAUUUUAGAUCCCUAAUAUUAUCAGUUUAAUCAAUCUACCUGAUUAUUCCAAACAUGAUGUGUUCAGUCACUAUGUUCUCUGCUCACAGCCUCUAUUAUUUGUUAUAUAGUAAUGCAUUUGUGUAUUAUUAUGUUGCAUAAAAAUAAUAAUAAGUUUUGCUGUAUUUGUAUAUGAUGUCAUCAUAAAUAAUUAAUUCCACUGUAUGUUUGAUUAAACAAUACAGAAGAGUUGUUGUUUAGUUAAUUGUUAAAGUUAAUAAUAAAUACUCACAGAAUAAUGAAUGAUUAUUAUGUUUUAAAUUUAAUUUGACUCAGAUUUAAUCUUUUGUCCACACAUACUUAGUUGUUUCCUUUAGAUUGAAAACACCAUCCUCUCGUGGUGAAAUCAGAGUUUCCUCAAAGAUUCCCAAUUUAAAGGAAAAUCUGAUCCCAACAAAAAUGUGCAAAUAAGACGUUUUUGAACUU